CUCUCUGUGCUUCACGCAGCUCAGCUGGAACUGAGGGUCCUUCUGGCAGCCCCCCAGGAUGGACGGUUUCGGGAAAGGGCUCAGGGGGUCCUGGAGGGGCUGCCACCCUCCAGCCCCUGUUGGAGGCACAUCACCCCUGCCUUCUCUUUGGUGACUGGCACACCUGGGGGUUGGCAGCCCCCUCGGGUCCCAUCCCCAGGAGCCAGGUGGGGAGGUGCCAGGGGGGAGCAGCUCACUAUCCUCCUCGGCCCCUCCCAACCCUCUCCAGAGGCCCAGGGGCCAUGCCCGUGGGGGUGCCCCGACAGAGAAGCCUUUAAUGCCCCACGGGCCCCGCAAGCCCCAGCAGGGUGGACAGAGCUGCCGGGGAAGGGCCGGUGUGCCCCUGGGCCUGGAGGGGGAGGUGCAAGCCCUGCCCUCGGGUCUGCAGCAGCCCACCUGCAAAGGACCUCGAGGAACAUUCUGGAAUCCAUCAGUUCCUAGCUUGUCAUUCUAACUGCCUCCAUUCCCCACAGGCGGCAGGGUCAAGCCCCGAGACCCAGGGGGCCUGAGCUAGUCUUGGAGGGCUGCUGGCAGUGAGGCAACGGGAGGGCGUUCUGAGACCUCACAGACGUGGGGCCCCUUUAAGAGGAAGCAGCGGACUUCAGCCAGGCAGAAGGAGGCGGCAGGUGCUGAGCGCUGGUCAGCAUUCUCUGGCUGGCGUCCCACCUGACCAGGAAGGUGUCCCUCACGUAGCUGGAGGCCCCUCAAAUGCCAUCUAUUUGUGGCCUGGACCCUGAGAGCUGGCAGAAGACAUGUGACCCCCGGACGGUAUUUUUGGCUGUGGGGGUGGGGCCUACACGGCGAGCCUAGCACCAAGCCGCUCUGGGAAAGGCAGCUCGGACGCCCCGCUCUGCUGCCCGGCUGGCCACGGGGUCCCAGGUAUGACGCCAGCUGCCUCUCAUUCCAGUCCUGAAGGGUCCCAAAGGUGGCCAGACCCCACAGGGACCUUCCCUAGACCUAGAGGAGAGGGCGAAGUUCACUGGUCAGGAAGCCCCGGCACCCUGGCGCCCAGGCGUCUGCAUCCCAGAACUGGGCUGACCAAGGCCAGGGCAGCCCCCACGGGGGCCUGAGAGUUAGAGGCUCUCCAGCUAGGGUCACCGCAGGUCGCCGAGACGGGGCAGGCAGAGGGGCCUCUGCUGGCUGGGCAGGUCCGGGUCAGGGGCCCCGCCUGACCCUCUGGGAAACCUUACCUAGGGAGCUGCUGGGAGGCAGAAGCCCCACUUCUGGUCUGUGAUCUCUUGCUCAGGUCUUCCUGAUGACCGAGUGCACCCUGACCUUGGGGAGCUGGAGGGAGCCCAGCAGCCAGUCCCAGCCAAGGCUCCUGGAAGGUCAUCGUCAAAGGCUGGUCACCUGCUGGUCACUGUGGCCCCUCCCCCAUGGCCAGCUGCCACCUGGAGCAUGCUGGGAUAGGGCAGGGCUGACCCUCGUGAGGUGGGCUUUGCUGUGUGAAGUCAGCCUGUUUGAGGGCAGGUUGCAGGAGAGGGCUGACCCAGCUGAACCAAAAAUGCUCGAAGAUACGAAGGAAAGCCACUUCUCGGGCAGAAAAUCAGAACACGAGGGUCCUAUUUCUCAACGCACCUCGCCGAUCUAGAGCUGCGUUUGGUGGACGGAGUGUGACAACGUGCCCUGAAAUUGCCACUUGGGGUCAGCUUGAAAACAGACCGUGGGGCUGCGGAUAGUCGGACCCGGAGGCAGCAGCCAGCUUGCCCCUGCUUCCUGCUGGGCCCCCGUGCAGGACGGCGAUGCUGGCCUAGCGCCGAGCCGGGGCAGGGCGUGGCAGUGCGUGAAGACCCCGAGCUCAGCCUCACACGUGCCCCUACUGACCCAAAAUGGAGAACUUCCAGUACAGCGUCCAGCUGAGCGACCAGGACUGGGCUGAGUUCUCGGCCGUUGCCGAGGAGUGUGGCCUCCUGCAGGCCGGCCUGGCCUCAGGGGAUGAGCUUCUGUCCAGUGACAUUGACCAAGGGGACAGCAGUGGCAGCAGUCCCCCUGGGCCCCAGCCCCUCCUUGGGGGCAGUGGCUGGCGUGGUUUCAAGGAGGAGGGCCAGGCAGCCCCACAGCAGCUGGUCAGCAGGUCUUGGCAAGAGCCCGUCCUGGCCCCGGAGGCUGGUCAGCAGAUGCCCGGCACGUCAGCACGGUCAGAAGCCCAGCCGUCCCUCAGCUCCGGUGCUGCCCCUCCUGGCCAGAGCACACCCCUCCAAGGUCCAGUAUCUUCCGGAGACGAGAUGCAGAGGCUUCUGCAGGGGCCGGCCCCCCGGGACUCUCCCCCUAAGCCCCCUGGGGAGCCUCCUCCGAGCCCUGAGCCCCCAGGGUCAGGGCACAGCACUGCAGCCCACAGCACUGCAUCCCAGAGGCCCCCUGGAAGCCCCGGAGCCCCGCCCCGAAGCCCCAGCCGAAAGAAGAGGCGUGCCGCAGGUGCCAAGGGGGGUGGGCGCUCAGGGGCCGCAGGCCCUGCAUCCACCCCGCCGGGCUCCCCGUUGCCCACUCAGGCCAGGCCCAAGGACGACCUUGGCCCAGCUGGGACCAUGGGGAAGGGACCCUCGGCUGGGACGGCGGAGCAGACGACAGGAGCCCAGCAGGACAAGCUGGGGCCAGAGUCUACGGCAGCCCCUGAGCUGGUGGCCAGGCCUGGGCCGGAUCCGUCUGCACCCCUCCUCACUGCUGAGCAAGGUGCAGACCUGCUCAGGACGACCCCCAGACCUGGCCCACACGCUGUGUCCACACCUGCCCAGGGCCCUUGCCCGGAUUUCUCGACCGCUCAGUCCGACACGGCUGUGUCUGAAACUGCCUCCGAGCUUCAUCCUGACACGACUGGGUCUGCAGCCGCCCACAAGCCUCCACUGGACGUGCAGCGGCCCGCGCUGAGCCCAGAGGUCACACUGGAGGUGGACGCAUCCAGACCCGUCCGAAAGGCUCAGCCUGACGUGUGUGUACCUGCACCUGCCUCUGUCCCCCAGACCCCGCCUGACCUGGAGGAGGCAGGGGCUGCCCCACCAGCCGAGCUAUAUCCGAGCCCUGUUGUGUCUUCAGGGGGGCACCAAGAGAAGCCCACAGGGGAGCCCUCAGCAGACACCCCUGGACAUGCCUUGGAGGAGCCCUCCCCAGGGCCCGUCCAAGCCGCCAAGAAGAAGAAAGUGCGGUUCUCAGUGACUGUGCCCAGCCCCGAGGAGCCGGGGUCAGGAGAGGCCUCGAGACCCCUCUCACCAGGGCCAGCCUGGUCCUCAGCCCCCAGGACGGCUUCGGGGAGCCGUGGGGGGCCUGGAGCUUGGGACGCAGUAGCUGUGGGGCCCCGGGCCCCCCAGUCUCGGAUCCUGAAGCACGUGCCCCCCCCUGCCCCCUCCGCCUCUGAGGGCCUUGGGUACAGAAGCUGCUUCGCGGUGACUGUCCCCGAAGCCUAUGAGUUCUUCUUCUGUGACACUAUCGAGGAGGAGGACGAAGAUGCCGAGGAGGCCGCAGAGGCCAGCAAGGCCCCAGCCCAAGCCCAGUGGCCGGAAGUGUGUGAGUUCUUCUUCUGCGACAGCCGAGCCCAGAGAUCUAGGCACCGGCGGCGCCAGUCCCCAGCCCCAGCCCUGCAAGCCAAGCCUGGGCCAGCCGCUCUGCCUGGAGCCCCCAUGCCCAUCUCCAUCCCUGAGGUCUACGAACACUUCCUUGGGGAGGACAGGUUAGGGGGCGUGCUGGGGCCGGCUGACCCUCUCCAACUGCGGGCCGCAGAGGCCCCCACAUCCACUCCCCAGGGAGCAGAGCCUGGCGCCCCGCUGGAGCCCAGCCUGGCCACAGCAGAGCAGCUCGACAUGGUGCUCAGGCCAGCAGAAAAGCCCUGGGGACCCCUCACCUCACUGACCUUCAGCCAGAAUGACAUGUGCCUGGUGUUCGUGGCCUUUGCUACCUGGGCUGUGAGGACAUCAGACCUGCACACCCCCGACGCCUGGAAAACAGUCUUGCUGGCCAACAUCGGCACCAUCUCCGCCAUCCGCUACUUCCGUCGGCAGGUGGGGCGUGGGCGCCAUAGCCCCAGCCCCAGCCCCAGCCCCAGCUCCUAGGACCCACACUUGGCCCAGGAAGAUGCAGGACAAGGAAGUGGCCACAGGCACUCAGGAUGAGGUGCUGCCCUCUGGCCUCGCCCUUUGACCCUUGUGUUCUGCGGCAGCAUCUAGGAAGGAGCCAGGGUCCUGAGUCCCGGCUUCCUUGGACUCCACCCACGGCUCAAGCCAGUGGCCGAAGCCCAGGCUGUGCUCCAUACCCUGGGGAGGGGGGGGUGGGUUUGGCAGGUUGGGUGGCUGGGGCCGAGCAGGGAGCUGGACAGAUUUGCCAAAAAAAAAACGGGAUGUCCAGCAAAAGUGGAAUUGCAGUCAGUGCCAGAGACGUGCAGUCGUACCUCGGCAUACGGCGGACCCUGCACGCAUUGCAUUUCGGUGAGAAAAGCAUGUUUCGGCACUUGGCACCUGCUUGGGACUCGUCGCAUUGCUAGAACUUGUGGGGGCCGAGACACCGGCGCCCCCCAAGGGGAGACGCUUCAUCUCUCAGCAUUUGCUGGUUUCGGCGCUUGUCCGAUCCCCGCCUGGAGCAAAUUGAAAACGAGUACCAAAGUACCACUGCACUUAUACCAGGAAACUGUUUGUGGUUUAUCUGAAGUCAAAUGUAACUGGGUCUGUUUUGUCUGGUCGUCUGUUAGAGGAUGAGCAGCAGGAGGAGUGUUGGAGUUAGAGGAUGCCAGAGCGCUGGCAGCAGCGGAGCCCCGCCUGGAUAUCUGGGCAGGGGGCGGGGUGAGGGGCAGGGUGGUCUGGGGACGCUGGGGUGGGGGGCAUCCCAGGGACUCUCUGCCCUGUUCUCAAGAGUGCUGGGCUGGCAGGGCCUCUGAGGCCUCUUUGAGCCCCAAGCCCAAGGGCCUGUGGCCAAGGCCUCCCAGGGUCCUGCCUGAGACAGCAAGCAGGCACCUCCAGGGGCUGUCGGAGGUGACCCCAGCGGCCCCUGCAGGGUGGGGGUCUGCAGGGCAGAGCCUGGGGCCCCUGCUCAGGGGAGCCCUGGACAAGGUGCACAGCAGAGUUCGGUGGUAUCAGGUGGAGGGACGGGCCACUUGGGACUGGGCCAGGGCUGAGAGGAGCCAGAGACGGGGCAGGAAGGUGGGCAGGGCGCGGGGGAGGUGCUAGAGGGGCACAUGGCCAGGGGCAGCGGGCACAGGUUCCACGCAGCAGGGGCCCCUGGCUGCCGAGGGAAGAACGUGUGGACACAGACAAAUAAAGUUUCCUUCUCUUCUUUCUUGUUCA